GGCUUCCGCUAUGUCAGAUCGAAGAGCAAUCCAGCUGAUGGUCUCACACGGGGAAUCGAACCAGCCGAAUUAGCAAAUUGGUUGGCAGGUCCAUCAUUCCUGAAGUUUCCCGAAGCCCAGUGGCCAGAGUUCCACGAAGAUCUCAGAUUAUCCAAUUCAGUAUGCCAGGAAACAAUGAAAGAGAAGAAAUCAUCAUUUUCAUCCAAUUGUAACAAGGAAGUUAAUGAAGUCAACGUCUGUUUAGCUACUGAAGAGAAGAAAGAAAAUCCCAUUCUUUGUCACUUGAUGCAGACUAGUAUAACUAGAACAGAAUGA